AUGGAAAACGACCCGAAUAACACAACGGCGGGUCGCGAGACUGGGCGAUGCAUGUCGGUGGCUGCGAUGCAGGCUCUGCACCGGCUGCGUGAGUGUCGGCUGCUCUGCGACGCCAUAGUGCGCGCGGACGAUGGCGCCGCUUUCCCCGUUCACCGCGCCAUACUCUCGGCCUGCAGCCCAUAUUUUUUGGCCUUAUUUACAACUACAUUACAUUCACGAGAGCAAAGCGAUGUGUUAAUAUCGGGUGUCGGUUCAGAAAUUCUUCUUCUUCUAAUCGAAUACGCUUACCUUCGGCGCAUUGAAGUCACUGAUGUUAACGUACACGAGCUCCUGAUGACGGCCGAUUACCUCGCCUUCCUUGGAGUUCUUCAACUUUGUUGUGAUCACCUAAGGAGUUCGCUUAGCCCUAAGAACUGUCUAGGUAUUAUGAUGUUUGCCAGACGAGUAUUUUGCUAUAAAUUAGAAGCUGAUGCCCGACGUUACUUGUUGCGUUAUUUUGUGACAGUCGCGACACAGAGUAACGAGUUUCUUCAUUUGCCAAUCGAUGAAUUAAACAGCAUCAUAUUUGAGGACGAGUUGAAUGUUAAGAGCGAGGAGGUCGUAUGGGAAGCUGUAUUGCGUUGGGUAAAUUACGAUCCAGAUGUACGUUGGCAUCAUACUGUUAAACUGAUGGGCAGUAUACGACUAGGAUUACUGGAUACUCAAUUCUUUUUAGAAAACGUCAAAGAUCAUCCAUACGUAACGGGAAAUGAAAGUUCGCGUCCUAUAAUUAUUGAGACUCUUAAGUUCCUUUACGACCUGGAAAUGAUUGCCCAGCGAGACGGUGAGGUGGCGACUCCAGAAAUAGCACGUCCUCGAGUCCCACACGAGGUACUAUUCGCAAUUGGUGGCUGGAGUGGUGGUUCACCGACGGCUUUUAUAGAAACCUACGAUACACGAGCAGAUCGAUGGAUUAAGGUGGAAGAAGUUGACCCAGCCGGGCCUCGUGCUUAUCACGGCACAGCAGUAUUAGGUUAUUGUAUCUAUGUAAUAGGAGGGUUCGACGGAAUGGAUUAUUUUAACUCAUGUCGCUGUUUUGACGCAGUUUCCAAAACAUGGCGAGAGGUGGCUCCUAUGAAUGCGCGUCGAUGUUAUGUAUCUGUAGCUGUACUUGGUGAAACCAUAUAUGCGAUGGGUGGUUAUGAUGGUCAUCAUCGUCAGAAUACAGCGGAAAGAUUCAAUCACCGCACCAAUCAGUGGUCUCUUGUUGCUCCCAUGAGCGCUCAAAGAUCAGACGCAAGUGCUGCUGCUUUAGAAAAUAAGAUCUACAUAACGGGUGGAUUCAAUGGUCAAGAGUGCAUGAACAGUGUUGAAGUAUAUGAUCCUGAAACGAAUCAAUGGACGAAUUUAGCGCCUAUGCGGUCGCGGCGCUCCGGCGUCUCUUGUAUCGCGUACCACAACAAGAUCUAUGUGAUUGGUGGUUUCAAUGGUAUAUCGAGGAUGUGCAGUGGCGAGGUGUACGACCCCAACACGAACACGUGGUCGCCAGUGCCCGAUAUGUACAACCCACGGAGCAACUUCGCCAUUGAGGUCAUCGAUGAUAUGAUUUUUGCCAUUGGCGGAUUCAAUGGUGUCACAACCAUUUAUCACGUCGAGUGCUACGAUGAAAGAACCAACGAAUGGUACGAAGCGACUGAUAUGAAUAUAUACCGCUCGGCACUGUCAGCAUGCGUGAUCAUGGGACUCCCCAAUGUGUAUGAUUAUAUCCACAAACACCGUGAGCGCCUCAUGGAAGAGAAACGACAGAAGAUUUUGUUGUCAGAGACUGCUCGGCACGGUCAACAUCGCACUGCUUUGCCUGAUGUGCAUUUGAUAGAGGACAACGACGAUAUGCUGGAACAGCUUGGUUUGAUGGAAAAUCAGGCAAACAAUGAUGUACCGGUCCCACCGCCUCCGCCACCGCCACAGCCCAUGGAGCAAGAGAGAAAUUAACAUGCUGCACAAAAUUGGUAACAUACUACAAUAUAUAAAGAGUAACCCUCUAGCCUUAUUAUUAAGACGUUGAGAUGACAUUUAAUAGGUAGCAAUAUGUUUUUAAAAUUAUUACGGAGUCAAAGAUUAAUUUGUAAAACAUUUACAAUAUUGGCAUAUUUUUAUGUGAUAACUUUUCAUAUUAUUGUGAAUCAUAUCUGUAUUUUGGAUUAUUUUUAAACAGAUUGUAAUAAAUUUUUCGGAAAACUAUACGAUUUUAAGUUGUGAA